UUUAAAAAUAAAUGUGUUUUAUUAUUAUAUUGCGACACUAAAACGCGACGUCCGGCGAUGCCGACGCCGGUGGCCAGUGCGCGGGCAUGCCUCGCCGGAGAUGCAGUGCGGGCGCUCGAUGACGCGGUGGCCGUCGCACGGAGGCGGGCGCACGCGCAAACGACCUCGCUGCACGUCGUCUCCGCGCUACUCUCCCCGUCCUUCUCAUCGGCGUUGCUUCGUGACGCGCUGGCGCGGGCGCGCAGCGCCGCCUACUCACCGCGCUUGCAGUUCAAGGCUCUGGAGCUCUGCUUUGGGGUGGCGCUUGAUCGGUUAUCGUCGGCGCACCCGCCUCCGGCGGAGCCGCCGGUGUCGAACUCGUUGAUGGCGGCUAUCAAGAGGUCGCAGGCGAACCAGAGACGUAAUCCGGAUACGUUUCAUCUGUAUAAUGGAGCGGCGGCGGCGGCGGCAGGGGGGACGACGGCGGCGGCAGUGGUGAAGGUGGAGCUCCAGCAGAUGGUGAUGGCGAUUCUCGAUGAUCCGGUGGUGAGUCGGGUGUUCGGCGAGGCUGGAUUCCGGAGCUAUGAUAUCAAGCUCGCUGUGCUUCGGCCACCGUCUCCGAUCCUUCGAUUCCCUCGCUCUGCUCGAUGCCCCCCACUCUUUCUCUGCAAUUUCGACUCCCCCGAUGCCGGCGAUGAAAAUUGCCGCCGAAUCUGCGAGAUCCUCUCCAAAACCACCGCCAAUAACCCGAUUCUCGUCGGCGUUGGUGCCUCUGACGCCGCGCGCGACUUCACCCGUGCUUUGGAGCUACGAAACCCUAACGUCCUCCCUCCUGAGCUUCAAGGCGUGAAGACGGUGAGUCUUGAGAAAGGGAAUGAAGGGGAUCUGGAGGAGAUGGUAAGGAAUUCGGAGGGGAAGGGUUUGGUGUUGACUGUGGGGGAUCUGAAGGGUUUGGUUGAGGAUGAGGGGAGCAGCAGCAGCCUCGUGGUGGCGGUGACGAAGGUGAUGGCUGAUCGGAAGGCGGCGGCUAGGGUUUGGAUCAUGGGGUGGUCGGCGACGUAUGAGAUGUAUAUGAAGUUGUUAUCAUUGCAUCCUUCUCUUGAUAAAGCUUGGAACUUGCAACUGCUCCCCAUUACUUCACUGAAGAAUGGGAUUGGGAGCUUCAACACAAGACCUCAAAGCUUGAUGGAGUCAUUUGUUCCAUUUGGUGGAUUUUUUCCCUUGGCAUAUGAGUCGAAGAGUUCAUUGAGCAGUCAGUACCAAUCUAUUCCUCGGUGUCAACUCUGUAAUGAAAUGUAUGAGCAAGAGGUAGCUGCCAUGAUGAAGACAUAUUCUGCGCAAGGCGAGGAGCAAGACAAAUCAAAUUUGCCUUCUUGGCUUCAAAGUGCCGAAACUGGUAACAUUGAGAAAGGAUUGCAUGGUGCAGAGGCCAAAGAUGGUAAUGCAAUGUUGAAUGCUAAUGUUGAGGAUUUGCAGAAGAAGUGGAAUGAUAACUGCAAACGCCUUCACCGUGGGUUCCCAAUGCCAGAGACGGAUAGCUCCAGAUUACCCCCUCACUUGACCAGUCUUCGUUGUGUUCCUGAUAAGGGGAUUGCUGGUUGUCAGUGCAGUAAUACUACAGUGAAUCAAAAACAAAGCGGCCGGGAUAGUAAACUUCCAAUCUCAGAUGACUUGGAAAUUGCUUCAGCUAGCUCCUCUGUUUCAGUGGCAGUUACAUCUGGAACAAAAGACAACUUCCUAUCUAGGCUUCAGGUAAGAGUUCCAGAAAACCAACAGCUUCGGAUAGAUGAAUGUCGUUCUCAGCCAGGUACUCAAUCAGAUCUCGUACCUGAUGACCGUGCUUCACCUUCUGUGACCUCUGUGACAACAGAUUUGGUUCUGGGAACCCCUCGUGAGGUUUCUCAAACGCAGAAGGAACGCUUGCAGGACUUCUCUGAGUAUUCACCAUCCAAGAGGGUGGAUUCUUAUGCUUGUUCUCCAGUUUCCCGGGCAAAGGUUACGAGCACCAUAACCCGUGGAGUGUCUCCUUUUGAGAAAUUCAGCCAGAAUGCUUCUAGUGUGCGCCAACAGUCUGAUCCUACAGAUUACAAGGCAAUUUUACAAAGUCUCAUCGAUAGAGUAGGUCGGCAAGAAGAAGCUAUAUGUGCUAUUACUCAAGCCAUCCUCCGGUGUAAAACAGGUCCUGAAAGACUUCGAGGUGCAAGCCUGAAGGGAGAUAUUUGGUUAAGUUUUCUUGGACCUGAUAAGGUGGCAAAGCAAAGGAUUGCAGUUGCUCUCUCUGAGUUAAUGUUCGGCAGUAUGGAAAACUUCAUUCACAUGGACCUUAGUGUCCAAAACAGUGUUGUGCGGCCAAAUGUGAUCUGUGACCUGAAAUACAUUAAUGGCUAUGAUAUCAAGUUCAGAGGAAAGACGAUCACUGAUCACAUUGCUGCAGUGGUUAGCAAGAAGCCAUGGUCAGUCAUAUUCCUUGAAAAUGUGGACAAAGCUGAUUUCCUUGUUCAAAAUAGCUUAUCUCAGUCCAUUCAGACCGGCAAAUUCUCUGAUUCCAAUGGGAGGGAAUUCAGCAUUAACAAUGCCAUCUUCAUCACAACCACAAAAACAGCUCACUGUAGAACCUUUUAUUCAAACAAAGAAGUUGCUAAUUUUUCUGAGGAAAGGAUUCUCGCAGCUCAGCGAUGGCAAAUGAAAAUUCUUAUAGAUCCCCUCCAUGAGACGGUUUCUUCUAGUAAGCAAGCAUCGGUGUUUGUAACAAAGCGUAAACUGGAUGCUUUGGAUGAAUGCAGAGAUCAGCUUGCGUUUGAGAAUUCUCCAAAACAAGCUCGCAAGUCAUGCAACACAUUCCUUGACUUGAAUCUACCUGUGGAGGAGUUUCUAAACUCCGACACGAACUCUAUCAACACCGACGAAAAUAACUCGCUCUCUGAGAAUACAGAGGCGUGGAUCGAUGAGUUCUUCGAGCUAAUGGAUGAAACAGUGAACUUCAAGCCUUUCGACUUCGAUGCUCUAGUGGAUUGUGUACUAAAGGAGAUCACUAGAAACUUUAAUAGAAUAAUGGGUCCAGAAUGUAUUCUGGAGAUCGAUAUAAAAGCCUUGGAACAGAUACUUGCAGCUACAUGGAUUCUGGAGGAUAGAACUAGCUUAAAUAACUGGAUUGAAACAGUGCUUUGCAGGAGCUUCGACGAGGCGAAACGAAGGUGCAACGUCGGCGCCCGAUUGGUUAUCAGGCUUGUUACCUGUCAAGAUACUUUCAUGGAUGAACAAGCUCCUGGAAUUCUCCUUCCUUCAAGAAUUGCUUUGAAAUGAGAUUACUGUUCCUUAAUGUUUGAUGUAAUUAUUUUUGUAUAAUAUAGCACUGCAGCAAGUGUUGUGAAAUUGAUCAUAGUGCUGUUUUUCCCAUAUUAUUAUGCAUUUUAUUAGGAUAAUCAGUAAUUUAUUUUGA